AGCUCCGGAGCUGCGAUGGGGAUUUGAACGCACCUCCGCGCAUGAAGACAGCGGGGUCCGCCUCACUUUGUGCCCCGGUUUGGAUGAUUGGAUUCGGCCUGCUGACGGAGCUCGUUUGGGGUUGUUCGGUUGUUUUCUCUGGAGGCUGGGAGCAGUGCAGAUCUGCGGGGCUGCUGGAGGCGGAGAGUCGCCGUCGGUCGGUUCCGGUGGAGAGACCGGAGGACUCUGCGUGUUUCUGCGUUUCUCUCUUCCACGGGAUUAAGUGAUUAACGCUCCGGUACCGGGGAGUUGGAUGUGUGUUUUGGCCCGAAGGAGACACCUGGAGUCCGGGCGCAGAAACUGGGCCGAUGGCGCAACGGUAUGAAGACCUGGCUCACUACGGGCUGGAGGGGUUGGGUGGGAUGUACGGAGACCCUCACCAUCAUCAUCAUCACGCCGCUGCCCGCUCGCUGCACAUGGCCGCCGCCGCCGCUGCUGCUGGUCCGUUCCCCCCCCACCAGUUCUCCCAGUCCACACACACCAGCGGCAGCAGCAUGGGGCCCGGGGACGCCGUCAAGAGGGACAAAGACGCCAUUUAUGGGCAUCCUUUAUUCCCUCUCCUCGCACUGAUUUUUGAAAAAUGUGAAUUGGCGACGAACACGCCGAGAGAGAGCGGCGUGGCCGGAGGAGACGUCUGCUCCUCGGACUCCUUCAACGAGGACAUCGCCGUGUUCUCCAAGCAGUUACGAUCAGAGAGGCCUUUAUUUUCAGCAAACCCAGAGCUGGAUAAUUUGAUGGUCCAGUCGAUACAAGUGCUUCGCUUCCACCUCCUGGAGCUCGAGAAGGUCCAUGAGCUGUGUGAUAACUUCUGCCAUCGAUACAUCAGCUGUCUGAAAGGGAAGAUGCCGAUCGAUCUGGUGAUGGACGACAAAGACGGAAACAAGUCGGACAGCGAGGACUUCCUCCGGUCGUCGGGGAACAACAUGGAUCAGAUUUCAUGGAGCAAAGAUCAAGAUGACGCAGCAUCGAUUCGUUCGGCCGGGACGCCGGGACCGUCCAGCGGAGGACACACGUCUCACAGCGGAGACAACAGCAGCGACCACGGUGACGGCCUGGAUAACGGCAUGGCUUCUCCGAGCACGGGGGACGACGACGACCCCGACAGAGAACGAAUGCACAACAAAAAGAGAGGCAUCUUCCCCAAAGUGGCAACAAACAUCCUGAGAGCCUGGCUGUUUCAGCACCUGACGCACCCUUACCCGUCGGAGGAGCAGAAGAAGCAGCUGGCUCUGGACACCGGCCUCACCAACCUGCAGGUCAACAACUGGUUCAUCAACGCCCGGCGGCGGAUCGUUCAGCCAAUGAUCGACCAGUCAAAUAGAGCAGUGAACCAUGCAGGACCGUACGGCCCAGAUGGUCAGCCAAUGGCAGGCUUCGUUAUGGACGGACAGACACACAUGGGAAUCAGACCACCUGGUUCUGCAGGUGGUGUGGGGAUGGGGAUGGGAGUGGAGGGGCAGUGGCACUACAUGUAGCUCCAGCAGCUCCUCCUGCCGCCUGAGGACACGCCCAGCGUCUGGGAAAACACCGACUCCAUCAGCAGUGUCCUUGGCCAGCGUGGAGCAGGACCCCACGCUUUGUGGCAUGAAAACCAAACACAAAAGAAACACUGUGGGGACAGAUGGAGAUACUGGAAGGGUUAAUAAACACUUGUGUCCUCACUCAUGACACUGGAGGAUCUUUCUGCGUCAGGACAUAGACUCCAUCUCUCUGGAUUGAUUUCCUGUGAUCCGACAGAUGUACCCUCUCUGAACUACAGAAGCCUCGAGUGGACAUUUUGACACCAGCAGAGCUUCCUCCUCUCCUCAAACAGGCCGACAGGAAGCUGAUGUCUGUAUUUACCGAAGCGUUCUUUCAAAGCGCGUCAACAAACUGUUUUCCAAGAGGCUGAAUCUCUGAUAAAUGGACGGCAGAGGUCACGUGACCGGGCUGUUUACCGCGGACUCUCAGAGGACGAGAGACGCUGCUGCCUUUUUACAUAAUGUACUGUUUUAAAGGAAAGGACUUUCACUUUUCACACUGUGUGUGUUUGUCU